CUUGAUUGUGUUCUUACUUGUCUUGACUCGCGGCUUUUUCACCAUUGGAGAGUGGUGACAUUUUCGUACAUUCUUUGUGUUGGAUGUUUGUAACUUGAUUGCUGUUACAGAUUGGAUUAACAACCAAAGUCGCCGAAUUUCGCAAAAUGUUAUUGGUGGUUGUACUCGCAUUGCUUCUGGGUUUCCUCGUGGCUUUUGUUCUUAUGACCCCACGACACCGCAAAACUGGGUAUGAGGGAAAAGCUCAGUUCAACUUAAACAAUGAUAAGGCAUCAAAAUCCUACAGUAGAACUGAAGUGUCAUUGCAUAACAAGAGAACAGAUUGUUGGAUAAUCAUCGAGAACAAGGUAUAUGAUGUUACCUCAUAUGUGGAGGAACAUCCAGGUGGUGAUGCCAUUCUAGCACAUGCUGGAGAUGAUUCAACUGAAGGUUUUUUUGGGCCACAGCAUGCCACUCGAGUCUUUGACAUGAUUGAAGACUUCUACAUUGGAGAUUUGGAGCAUUAGCUAAAUCUGUGGUUUCUGGUUUCUAACGUUCAAGAUAUAUGUGAUUUGAGAACUUCAAUAUUCUAUUGCUUGUUACCUCCACAAUGUUGCACUCCUCAUUUAUCUUCACUAGAUAAUAAUUAUGGUGUUACUAAUCAUUUAUCCCAAGGUUUGUCUUUUUAAAUAUAUUUUAACUACAUGAAUUUAAAUGUCUGAAAAUAUAGCUAAAGAUGCUCAUGACAACAGCUGCGGCUAUAAGCCAGUGUGCUUACU